AUGGCCAAUGAUAGCUCUCAAACGAGCAACCAUGGGAGCACCAAGCCCUUUGCAGUCAUCGUCCACCCCUUUCAGUCACCUACUCCGGACUCCUGUGCCUAUGAAAUUGGAUUGAAGGCCUCCUCGAAUGCAUUGAUAUUCAUCGGCGGCCUCACGGGCGGCCCACACACCAGCCGGACCCCAAGAAGUCUGGCUCAGGGACUCGCUGAUGCCUCAGAGCUGGACUACUCCGUCUGGGAGUUCCGCAUGCGGAGCUCAUACUCCGGCUUCGGGUUUUCCAGCAUUGCCAACGAUGUCGAGGAUAUCAGGGCUCUCGUCACUUAUCUGCGCAGCCUCGGAAAAAACAAGAUGGUGCUAAUGGGAGUCUCUACUGGCUGCCAGGAUUGCAUCGAGUACACGAACCGUGUCAAAUAUGAUACUCCUCCCGUGGACGGGUACAUACUGCAAUCUCCGGUGUCUGACCGCGAGACGGCAAGCAUGAGCAUGCCUGUAGACUACCUCGAAGCCACCAUUGCUACGGCGAAAAGGAUGAUCGCCCAGGGGAGACAUGAGGACGCCAUGCCUCGGGAUUCAAUCCCUCCCGUCUUUUCAUCCCCGGUGACAGCAUACCGGUGGAACUCACUUGCCGCCAAAGGGUAUGUGUAG